AUGCCUGCAUAUGUAUCUACAAGCCUGAUCUAUCAUCUGGCCUGCCCUGCAAGCCCCGUCAAGUACCAGACGCACCCGGUUGACACCAUUAACACAGCCUAUAUGGGAGCAAAGACUUUGCUCGAUCUGGCACGACAACAUAACGCUCGUAUCUUGUUAUCGAGUACCUCGGAAGUCUAUGGGGAUCCACAAGUGCACCCUCAGCCCGAAUAUUACUGGGGAAAUGUCAAUCCAUUCGGCCCCCGUUCAUGCUAUGACGAAGGUAAACGCGCUGCCGAAGCUCUAGCCUACUCCUAUAUCCAGGAAUAUAGCGUUGAUGUCCGGAUUUCACGCAUUUUCAACGCAUAUGGGCCCUACAUGCACGCGAGAGAUGACCGAGUCGUGUCGAACUUCGUGACUGCUACGAUUUCUGGGCAACCUAUCAUCAUUACCGGUAACCACACAGGUCCGAUAAAUAUUGGGAAUGAUAGGGAAACCACGGUAGAGCACCUUGCUAACAUGGUACGGGCGCUAGUUUAUAGGCUAACUGGACGCCAAUCGCCUCCAGCGCUCAAACGUCCGCGACCGGAAGAUGAUCCCAGCAGGCGGCAACCUGAUAUUGGUUUGGCACGCCGGCUUUUGGACUGGGGGCCUGUCAUUUCUCUAGAAGAGGGUCUGCUGAAGACAAUCCAGUGGCAUAUGAGCUUGGAGCGCCUAGACCGAGCAGAGCAUUAUUCGAAAAUAUAGGGUGUGUUCUUAGGCAUCUGGUCAGAUUAGGAUCAAUAUGGACCUCCCAUAUGAUCAGAUGCAGAUCUGCUGAACUUUUACU